AUGCGAUCGUAUUUGAUUCAAAAGGAAAGAUCAUGGUUUCAACAGGUAGAAAUGCUAUUAUUAAAAUUUGGAACUUCAAUAAUGGAAUAAUCAAACAAACUCAUCCACUUCUUUGAAAUUAAGUGAUCUGUCUAGUCCAUAGCUAAAUUAACAAUUAUUUUUUUUCUGGAUCUUCAGAUGGUUCAAUUAUUAUGUGGAAAUAUUAUGAUAAUAAUGAAUGGAAAAGAUCUAAACCAUAGAAUAAACAUAAAAAACGUAUUUAUUGCGUAAUCUUAACAGAAAAUGAGAAUUAAUUAAUAUCGUGUAGUGAUGAUAGUUCAAUUAAAGUAUGGACGGUAGAUUUUAAUAAUCAUGAAUCAAAUUUUUUAUAUUCUUUAGAUAAACAUACAGGGUCGGUUUAUUCUUUAAGCUUAAAUUAAUCAUUGCAACUAAUAUAAUUAAUCAAUAUAAGAAUAUGGAUUUCAUGUUAAGUUUUUAAAGGAAGAUUAAUAUUAUUUGGGCACCAUAUAAAAGUAAUAAUUUUUGUGUAUUUGAAUGUAAAGAUGGUGGUUUAUAUCAAGAAAAUAUAGAGAAAGAGUUUAAUUUAAAAAAGAUAAUAAAGGGUUUAUAGGUUUAAGUGGAUUUCCAAUUAUUUAUAAUAAACUCAAAAAUAUGAUAUGUCUAAGACAUGUGUGUCAUAUUUGUAUACUUAAAUUCGAAAAUGA